UUUUUUUUUUUCUUCUUUAAUCAUGUAUAGACCACCACCACCACCAGGAAACUAUUCGCCUUAUGGUACUCCACCUAUGCCAGCUGCUACUCCUGCUGCUGCUCCUUGGGGUGCACCACCCAUGUCUGUCUGGAAAGAACACACAACACCUGAAGGCAAAAAGUAUUGGUAUAAUACUGCAACAAGAGCAAGUACAUGGGAGAAACCAGACGAGUUAUUAACCCCAGAAGAAAGAGUAUUAAAGACAUCCGCAUGGAAAGAAUAUACCACACCUGAAGGCAAAAAAUACUAUAGCAAUGUCAAAACAAAAGAAACUGUAUGGGAGAUUCCAGCAGAACUCAAACAACAGAUUGAAAAAGCAAGAAAAGAAGCUUUAGAAAAUCGUGUCGUAGAACAACCCACACCACUACCACCCGUACGUCCUAUUGUACCUACUUUACCCCCUAUGCCUAUGACAAGUCAAUUGAUUGAUCAAACAACUGUGCCUGAAUUUACUUCUCGAGAACAAGCAGAAAAAGCAUUUCAUGGUCUAUUAAAAGAAACAGGUGUUAAAUCGGAUUGGAGUUGGGACCAAGCCAUGCGAGCGAUUAUUACGAAUCCACUGUACCGUGCCCUAAAGACAACAGCCGAACGAAAAGCAGCUUUUCAUCGAUGGGCAGAAGCAGAAGCCAAACGGGAACGAGAAGAGAAAGAACAUCGCGAAACACGCCAGAGAAACAACUUUUUUAGUAUGCUUCGUCAUCAAAAAGACAACAUCAAAUCCUAUACACGGUACCGUACAUUGGCCAAGUUAUGUGGUCAUCUAAGCGCCUAUCAAGCUGUGCCUGAUCGACAACGAGAAAUCUAUUUUGAUGAGUUUAUUCAACAAGUACAAAGAGAAGAAAAGGACAGGUUACGUGAUCUGAGAAAGGAGAGUAUGGACAAGUUUAGUAAGCUGUUGAGAUCGAUCCCUGAAAUCUCCUACAAGACAUCAUGGAAAGAAGCGCAGGCCUUGUAUCUACAGAAACAGAAACAAGAGCAUGUCAGUCUAGAAGGCAUGGAUAUGCUUGAUUUCUUGUCUGUGUUUGAAGAAUACAAUCGAACCUUAUGGGAAGAACCCAUGCAGGAAUUGAACAACAAAAUCUUUAAGCGUAGAAGAAAAGAGAGAAAGGCCCGCGAAGGAUUCAGACAACUCUUGCAGGAAUUAGUUGAGCGUCGUCAGAUCAAUGUGCGUACUUUAUGGAAAGAGAUUUACCCAGUGAUCAAGGAUGAUCCUCGCUUUUUGUCUGCUGUUGGUUUGCCUGAUUCAACGCCUUUAGACAUGUUUUGGGAUGUCAUUGAUGCUCUUGAUGAAGAGCUCUAUCAACAAAAGAAACUUGUCUACCAUUCACUUAAGAAAUCAGACUAUGAUGUGGGCCUUGAAUCCUCUUUUGAAGACUAUCUGAAUGCAUUAGAUGAGCAAGUCAAGACCGAAGUCAGUCAAGACAAUCUGAGGUUUGUGUUUGAACAUCUACAGGCCAAAGCAGCACAGCGUAUCAAGGAUGAAAAAAGACGUCAAGAAAAGAAGCACAGAAAAAAAUUGGACAUAUUUCGAUAUGCUCUUAAACAUGCCAUUCCCCCUAUUCAACUAGAAGAGACUUGGGAACAAGUGAAGUCACGCGUUGAACAUCUAGAGGAAUACAAGGAACUUGAAGAAGAAUACAGACAAGAAGUAUUUGAUAGAUACAUGAAACGACUCAAGGUAAACAAGAGAGAGAGAGAGAAAAAGAAAAUGAAGCCACCAAUUCAUGUUUAUGCAAUAGGAAAAGAAAGAAGAUGAAGAGGAAGAGGAAGAAGGCAUGAUUCGAGAAGAUGAAGAUGAAGAUAUGCAUAACAAAAGACGUAGUCGUAGAAAAGAAUAUGAAAGUGAAGAAGAAGAAAGAAACAAGAAAAGACGAAAGCAUUUGUCAAAGAGUUAUUCAGACGCAGAAGAAGGAGAAGCAUUAGAUGAUUAUCAAAAUGAUCCAAGAAGAUUAAAGUAAACCUUGAAACACUUUGUUUAAUAAAACACAUCAACUGGUUUCUUUCAGUA